AGCGUCCGUCCCCUAGGAAACCUUGAUCAAAGGAAGGUAUUCGGCGGUGUCGGGUGUACGGGUGUGUUUAUACGCGUUUCACGGUAUUUUGUGCUGUGUAUCCAGCGCUGCCAGUGCUGCACGCCAGGUUGAUUCCCCUGUACAACGCCUGUGACCGGGACACCUCUGCCAAAAGUAUAAGAGCAACCGCUGACCUGAAUAGUACCAGCUUAUCCUCGUCUCACGGGCAGGAGGAAAGAGUUUCAAAGCAAGUGCUUUGAAAUUGCCUGGUGCCUAAGCCAAAAUGAGCUUUAAGAAGCAGCCUUAGACUGGAAAGAUGUUUGAACUCUAGUUGAAGGGGAUUUAGGGGGAAUGGAGAGACGACUCCAACAGUUACUACUGGGAAUGCAAUAUCGGGUCCCCUACAAUGCUUACUUAGGCUAAUGGAGGUCCUGUCAUUCAGUUCCCAUUGCGCCGGGAUACAGGGUAAACAUUCCCCAGUGACCCUCUGCGUGCAGGUCUCCUCUUCAGGACAUCAUUAAAAGCGUACAUGCACUUGCCUGACAUCAAUUGUCAGCCUGGCUCUCGGGGUUCAGAGAUCCCGACAAAAAGCAGGAAAACAAGCCCAGUGGAGACCUGGAUCUGUGGCUGCGGGCUUUAAAGAGGCUGAAAAUCUGUUGUUUGCGAGUGUGUAAGAAGAGAUAAAAGUGCUCAGCAGGUAAGAGCGGAGGGUUUUGCCAAGCAGGAGCUGUCCUUGAUCGCUGUGACAGGAUUGACUCGCUGGGGACUCCUCUGUCGGGAGCAUACACGCGUCCCCGAGGGGGCUGCCUGUCUCCUCUCAUCAGCAUCACUGCGAGAAAUUUUACAGCCGCUCUUUGUAGUCCCGCUAAUCCUGUUACCCAAGGUGUUAUAAAUAUUAGCGCUAUUGGGGCUGAGGAUGGGGGACCAGAUUAAGCCUUCUCUGAAGUAAGAUGUCAGCCAGCUUCUUCCCAGCCCACCAGCUCCCGGGGCUGCUGGAUGAGCUGCACGGCAGAGCCCCGCAAGUGCCCUGCCCGGAGGGGCUGCUGGGCACAUCCGUGGUGGACUUCGUGGCUGACCUCUCCCUGGGGCCUCCCCAGGCUCCCUCCCGGGCUGGGCCGGGACUGAGGCUCUGCGAGGUCACCUCUGGGCCUCCCUUCUGCGACAGAGCCCGGUCGCUCCGUGGGGAGAUGGCCCGGGGGCUGCCGCUGGUUGCCUUCGGAGAUGGAAAUCCCGAAGACGAAGAAGAGGAGGAGGAAGAGGAGAGGAUGCACAGCACUUCCCUCCUAGACAGACCCAGGAGAAAGCGAGUUAUCACCUACGCCCAGCGCCAAGCGGCCAACAUACGAGAGAGGAAGAGGAUGUUCAACCUCAACGAGGCUUUUGAUCAGCUGAGGAAGAAAGUGCCCACCUUCGCCUACGAGAAGAGGCUCUCCCGGAUAGAGACACUGCGCUUGGCCAUAGUGUACAUCUCGUUCAUGACUGAGCUCCUAGACGGCUGCAGCAGUCAGUAGGCGAGCUAGGGAGCG